AGAUACUCUGGACUCGGUAUUUUUUAAAACGUUAUAAUUCAUCUUCAGCCGUCGUCACACGCAGAACAAGACUGCAUUAACUCAGUAGGAGAACGCUGCUAAAAGUAAAUCAUUCUAUGUUCAAACCAGCCCAGUUUACAGAAAGGAGCUUGGUCUCGCAUUUGAACUGCAUACCCUUUGCAAAGCGGUCAGUCAGCGUUCCAAAAUGAGAUGAGUGCGAUAGGAACUCGACUCACAGUCUAGAGAUCUGUCGCAAUCGACAUAGUAACAGUGCGCUGCUGCCCUUAUAAAAAGCUGCCGAAAUCUGGCUACUGUCUCUCAUUUCUGAUGCCGCCCUCACAAAUUUGUCGGGAGAGACAUCUUAAUAGUAGCAAAAAGUAAAUCAUUAUUAGGCUUAUAUUGGAAACCGCAAAACAGGCUUCUACCACAUCGACAAUAUAAUUUGCGGAGCCUAAUUUAACAGGCAGGCAAAGUUUGCUCGACAUACUCGCUUUGUCGGGAGAGGAACUUGAGGAAUCGGAAAAGCCACGCAACGAUCGGAGGUCUUCUGCCCUAAACUAGUUACUGGACACUUUCCAUCUCUUUUUCCGUCUCUGCCUGGGCCAUGGCGUACGCUGCGUACUGGACGAGGCUCUCUGACCCCAAACAGCACAAACCCACACCAGCAGUGCCGGUCUCGACUGUGAAGCCCACAGAACAUGAGAAGGGGGCGGCGUCAUCAUCCUCUAAAGGUAUGUCAGCGAAGCCAGGCACACCUGCAGCAGGUGCGUCAGUCCCGCCCACGCUGGCACCUACAGGCAAUGUCCCAGUGGCCACUAUAGGGGCAGGGCUGUCUGCAGGAGCCUCCUCGGGGUCCCCUGCCACCGGUGGGCGCCCUACAGUUGCAGCAGGCAGCACUGGCACCCAGAGUGGAUCUUCUAAAGUCACACCACAGGCUCCAUACGCCUCUCCUGCCAAAGCUCCUCAGGCGAGCGCCACGAUUGGUGCGACGGGUGGACUAGGAGCGGCUGGCUGGGCAGGAAAACCCUCUACGAGCCCAGUUAAGCCCAAAGACACUUCCAAGGACAAAGCCCAGAGCGCUGCCAUUUUAUCGUCCAAACCGGAACCACCUAAGGUGAUGUCCACAGGAGCGGCGAAGCCCUUUGCCGCGUCUAGCGUCUCUAUAAGUGCUGCCCAAAAGGAUGGGGCUAAAUCCAAAGAAGCAAAGGUGUGCACACAAGGGCCGACUGCAGCAGCCAAGACCAGCGCCCCGGUAUCUGAUGACGAUCCGUUUGAUGCCUUGGCUGACAGUUUACCCUCCUCCGAUCCUCUGGCUCCUACAGCUCCUCAGUACACUGGGCCAGAAGUGAUGGAGCAUGACAUAACAUCAGAAGUGGCUAACCGCUGUGGUGAUAGAGAGGACACACUUCCACCUGGAUACAGAAGAGAAGACAUGGAAAAGAAGAUUCCUGCUAGAGUACCAGAUAAACCUGCAGAACAGCCCAAGCCGUUAACAACGGACGACGCGCUGGAUGCUCUCUCUGCUGGGUUUGGGUCGUCUGGAGCUCAACGCACGGCCAAACCAGCAAUGAAAGAUGACAACGUUGAUGCUGUUAAUGUCCGCGCCAUCCACGCACCUACUCCUCCCCAGAAAAAAAUAGAGGUGUCUGCGCCUGCUAGCAAGUCUCCUGCCGCCCCUGCUGACAAGAAAGCAAAGGUGGAAAUGGCCUCUCCUUUAAAGCCUGAUAAGGUGCCCACACAAGGGCCGACUGUAGCAGCCAAGACCAGCGCCCCGGAAAAGAAGAUUCCUGCUAGAGUACCAGAUAAACUUGCAGAACAACCAAAGCUUGCUCAAAGCACCAUGACUGCAGCCCCACCCUCUUCACAGGCUGUCCAAUCAAAGACUGGCGAGGGGGACCCCAUGUCUCUGGAUGCCCUUGAGGCUCUAGGGGACUUGCUGCCUGACUCACAGCCGGCACCAGAGACUCCUCCACCCAGACCAGGGGACAUUGUUGAUGAGAGAACGCUGGAUUCAGAGAAGGGUGUGCGUGUAGGCGAGAGAGAGGACAGUAUCCCGCCUGAGUACAGGUUCUCAAAAGAGGAUGCCAAGAAGUAUCCACCUCCUCCAAAGGAGCCCUCUUUGGACCCAGUUGAGGCGCUGGAUAUUCUCUCGAGUGAUUUCGCCAGCCCUGCUGCAGCUCCCUUGGUUCAGGCGUCAGUUCAUUCCUUUGCACCUCCCAAACAGGUAGCUUGUGGUAUUCCGUCUGCCCAUGCUCAAGUCGCUAAAAGCACUGUGGAAUCCACUUCUGAGGUGGACCCCAUGUCUUUAGAUGCCCUCAGUGCGCUGGGAGACAUGUUGCCUGUUGCACAACCAACUCCGGAGUCCCCUAAACUCAGACCUGAGGACAUUGUUGAUGAGAAAAAGCUAGCAUCAGAGAAGGCCAUGCGUGUGGGCGAGAGAGAAGACACACUCCCACCAGACUACAGGUUUUCCAAGGGAGACGUCCAAAAGCAGCCCGCACCACCGCGGAAAGAGCCCUCCCUGGACCCGGAGGACGCUCUGAAUAUCCUGUCCGGAGAUUUCAGCGGCCCCACCAAAGCCUGCGCAGUCCAUGCCAGCCUUCCUCCCUCUGCACCUCCAGCAGACCAGAGCUCAGCAGACUUUGGAUUAGAGCAACUUGCAGGUGAUUUGGUUGCUCCUUUGGCUGUGCACAAGGUCCAGUCUGCUCCCCUUGCACACCCUAAAGCAGACAGACAGUUGUCAGACAGUACAGCAUCUGCUAUGGACGCUCUGGGUGACACUCUGAUGGACAUGGGCGUGGCACCUGAGCCAACACCAGUUUCUCCCAGAGACAUUGUUAUGGAGAAGGAGGCUGUGGAAGAGCGAGUGAGUAAACCCGGUGAGAGAGACGAUAGCCUCCCCCCUGACUAUCGGCCUACGGAGGCAGAUAUAAAGGCGGCAGCAGAAGCUAAGGCCAAGGCUAAGGCAAAGGGCCCAGCCGCGAAGACAUCUAUGGAUGAGUCAGCAGCACUUGAUGUGUUGUCUAGCGACUUCUCUGCUCCCUCAGUAGCGCCACCUGCUGCUCCUGUGGUGUCACCUGCGUGCCCCCCACAUGGCACUGCUGCAAAGACCCCACCUACCCAAACGGCAUCAGGCCGGGUACUGGGCUCGCAGACGACGACACACCCAGAGGCAAAACCUAAAGACAGCAAACCCAAGACUAAGGGUGGCAAGUCAAAGUCUAAACCAAAGAAACCUGCAGGAGCCACUAUAUCUGCCUCAGAUGAUGUCUCAGGCAAGAUGAGCACAGAUGUGGCGUCGAAGAAAGGUGGAAAGCACUAGAUCUCGCAUGCUGGUCACUGCCACACAACGUCUCCCUGCAACUCAGAGAUACCCACCAGAGGAGCUGCUCUAACUAUUGCAAACUGUCUGUUGCUGUGGUAGAAAGGUGCAGAAAUGGGACUACACAAACUUGCCUUUGUAAUACCAACAAAACACACACAGCCUGUUUUCCCAAAGAUGAAUGCUGAUGUUGGAUUAUUCUAAAAAGAAAAAUAAAAUUAUUAAAAACAAAUGGGGGGUGAGAUAAAAAAAAAAAUUUGGACAUCCACAGAUUGUGAAAAAUGUAACUAAUAUGAUGCAAUUUUUACUAAAUAUGCCCCCGUUUUGAAUAACCCCCCAUGCGUGGUUUAUCACAGGAUAGAAUAUCAUUCCUGUUGUUUUGAACUUGAAGUACAAAGAAAAAAAAAAGAUGAAAGAAUCUUGAUGGAAAAGGUGAAAGAAUUAUUGAUGGAGUAUCUGGCAUACAGAGCUCAGCUGCAGUAAUGGAAGGACAUUGAGGUGAAAUGUCCCCUUCAUCACUGUGAGUGAUCAUCAGUAGCACUUUAGGAAGUGCCAACUGGAUUAAGAGUAGUAUACUACAUAAUUAUUUUAUGUUUAUUUCUUUUUUUUGCAUUUGGGGGUAUCUGCAGUUUUGACAUAUACAAACAACGGGUUUUACAUUGCUGUUUGACAAAAGCAUGCACCUACAGACACUAGUGUACAGCACUUACAUUUUAGGUUACACCUUAUAGUUUACAAUAACAAGCUAGAACUGUGGAAUUGGUCUUUGAGUGGAAGGUGGGGUUUUUUUUAGUUUUUUUUUUUUUUUAAAUAUAUGAUAACUUUGCUGUGGUUCUUUAUGACUGACUGCGUUUUUAAAGAUAUUUGUGCAGAAGAGCUUUCCUGUGUAUUGUUUCUGAAGGUCUAUCUUGGUUUUCUAUGGCUGUUGCCUGCAGAGUGGCUCUCGAUACACCGGUUCCUGUGCUUUAGUGCCAAACGUGAAGUGGUAGGAGUGAAAGAGAUUACUGGCAAGCCCCACA